AAACUCAGAAGCCAAAGCCCAGUUGCUUGCUGUCUGAAGCGGCAGCGAGCAGAGAGGGACAAGAGGGUUUUCGUCUCUGGGCUGCGGAAACUACCCUACGAAAGCCAGCGAUCUCUCUGGGCAGGAGGAGAGCCUUGAAAGGCAGCAGUGAUCAGGCAAACGCAUUAUUUAAAGUCCCAGCUCAGUUAAAUAAAUAGAAGAAGAAGAAGAAAACCAUCUACUCUCUUGUAAAUAAGAAGGCCUUCGGAGAUGGGCGACAAGGCGGGGACCAGAGUCUUCAAGAAGUCUAGCCCCAACUGCAAGCUCACAGUAUACUUGGGGAAGAGGGACUUUGUGGAUCAUCUAGAUCAUGUGGAUCCUGUAGAUGGCGUGCUCUUGAUCGACCCAGAGUACCUUAAAGACAGAAAAGUGUUUGUGACCCUGACGUGUGCCUUCCGUUAUGGGCGUGAGGACCUGGACGUGCUGGGACUGUCUUUCAGGAAGGAUCUUUUCAUCUCCAGUUUUCAGGCGUAUCCCCCACUGCCUGAGGAACGCAAGCCACUCAGUCGCCUACAGGAGAGACUGCUCAAGAAACUCGGCCAGAAUGCAUACCCUUUCAACUUCAUGAUUCCUCAGAACCUUCCCUGUUCAGUCACUUUACAGCCUGGCCCAGAGGACACAGGAAAGGCGUGUGGUGUAGACUUUGAGGUCAGGGCAUUCUGUGCCAAAACUGUGGAUGAGAAGACCCACAAGCGGAAUUCUGUGCGGUUGGUGAUUCGUAAGGUGCAGUAUGCUCCAGAGAAGACUGGUCCUCAGCCAAUGGUGGAGACCACACGCAGCUUCCUUAUGUCUGACCGUUCCCUUCACCUCGAGGCCUCACUAGAUAAAGAGCUCUACUACCAUGGUGAACCUAUCAGUGUCAACGUCCAUGUCACGAACAACUCCACCAAAACAGUUAAACGAGUUAAAAUCUCAGUGCGACAGUAUGCCGAUAUCUGUUUGUUCAGCACUGCACAGUACAAAUGUCCUGUGGCUCAGGUAGAGGCCGAUGACCAGGUAUCACCCAGCUCCACAUUCUGUAAGGUGUAUACACUCACCCCCACACUGAGCAAUAACAGAGAGAAGAGGGGUCUGGCUCUAGACGGACAGCUAAAACAUGAAGACACCAACCUGGCCUCCAGUACCAUAGUGAAAGAUGUGGCCAAUAAAGAGGUGCUGGGAAUCUUGGUGUCCUACAGAGUCAAAGUCAAGCUAGUGGUGUCACGUGGAGGUGAUGUGUCUGUGGAGCUGCCUUUCGUCUUGAUGCAUCCCAAGCCCUCUGAACAGCCCAACUCGAGACCGCAGUCAGCUGUACCAGAGACAGAUGUCCCUGUGGACGCCAACCUCAUAGAGUUUGAAACAAAUAAUUUCUCACAGGAUGAUGACUUUGUGUUUGAGGACUUUGCAAGGCUCAGGCUGAAGGGAAUGAAGGAUGAAGAGGAUGACCACUUCUGCUAACGCCUCCCCUACACACACAUGACACCAUGAGGAGGUUGGAAGGAAAGGGGACAGGGGCUUGGUGUCAACCUGCCAGUACUCUCAUUCCUCUGCUCCACUGGGCCCAUCUGAUAGUGUGGAGCACAUACUGAUAUUUUCAAAGGCUCCUUAACUUUCCCUCUUUUCUCUUUCUUUUGGCUCCCUUCCUUACCAUUUUGGCAUCUGUGGUGUGGUCCUUGUAUUGACCUUUUGUUUAUCUGGUCAUAUGAGCCACUUCACACUGGUGCAUAUAUGUUGGAUAGAAAUUUUAUGGAGAAGAAAACAAUGAUGAACUGAUGUUACAUGUGUCAUCUAGACAUCAGUGUAUAAUAUUGUUGGUGAUCAAAGGGUCCAUUGAUUCAGGGGUGACUUUUUUUUUUUUUCUCUACAUUUUUAUUUCCUUUUUUCUUUCUUUUGUCAUCAAAUUCCCACUUAUAUAUAAUGAUGAUACAUGUUCCAUGUUAUUACAUUGUACAGUACAUUCACUGUUCAUAGACACCAUAGGGAACUUGAGUUUGGUGUUAAUUUUAUUCCACUUUCCUAGACCCCGUAAUCUAAUCCAUCCUUACCUGCUCAACAGCUUUUAUGUUAUAGUUACGUAAAAUGUAUACAUAUCAUAAAAUAAAUAUGUAGUAACACUUUUCAGUGCACUUGUAGUGCACGCAGUACUCAGAUAAGGAUGUGGCAUUUUUAGGGAAAGUAGUUUGCAAAGCGCAUUGGUAAACAUGCAUCUGAUUUCUAAUGAACAGUUUAGCAUCUGUUCUACAUGUUGAGCUGUAGAAUAUGUACACACUGCUACAAGUCCAGUGCUUGUAGAUAACAGAGGCCAGGGACAGACUCUGACAAUGUCAGAUGUCUGAUAUAUUUGUAUGUGCCACACAAAAUUGAAUUCCUCAUUAUUUGUGCCUGCCAAACUUUAUUUGCCAAAAUGUGUUGAUUUAUAAUGUUGCUUGUAGGCUAAGCUCAGUUUAUUUGAAAAUGACAUGCGCAUUCCAUGUUUUAGUUCACAGAAACUGAUAAUGUAACCAUAUGACUGCCAGAAAUAUUUUGAUGAUGGUUAUUUUUAAAUCUCAGUUAUAGCAUGAUUUCCAGGAAAUUUCAUUUUGAUCGUUCUCCCAGGAUCAAGCUUUUCCUUUUGACAUUCUGCAUAGUUUACUACUGAACAAUUGCAAAUUUACUUAUGUUACAAUGUGUAAAAGGAAGAAACAUUUUGUAGAGCUCCCAUUGAAGGACAAAAACAAUAUCUCUAAAAUAAAGGUUUGCUUUGUUUAAAGCA